CGAUAGGUACUGAUGAGACCACAUACACAUUUUACUGUAAGUAUUGCGUGCUCCUACUCCUUAUUGAACACAACUCGAAUUUCUACAACAACAACCCGUGAUAUUUUUGCGCAUGACACAUCAUUGUGCUUUGACAAAUUACUUAAAAUAGCAGGCUGCUAAGUAUGAAAAAUUACGAUAGCAGUAUAAAACUAAACCAACGCUUGAUCCAGGUGGUGGAAGCAUGUCGAUCGACUCCAAAGCCAAACCGAAGCAGCCACCAAAAUAGCGCCGUGCGUGGAAAAUACUGGACAGAAGUGCGCAUGUUUAUUGAUGGCGCUUGUAAAAUUACAAAAUGAAAAUCCGAUUCCAACUCUCAACUGUGGAAGUGAAAUACCUCCGUGCUUCACAAUCACCGAGAAAAACCAAAUUUGCUGUCCUCGUUGUUACUUGAGGACGGGAAUGGACCUCCGCAAUAUUGAGCGUUUGUGGCUCUCAUGCUCAAGUUGUGUUGACCGGCAUGAACUACGCCGUUCUCCUCC